CAAUAUAAAUAGUUUGCAUUCACUUUCUCCUGUAUCCAAAACCAAAAGCACCGUCUUUUGAACAUCAUCAAUUAUACUACUUAUAGCAAAAAUACAUCAAACAUCAAAAGAAAAAGAAGCUCAUCCUCUAUAAUGUCUACAGCUGGUCAGGUUAUCAAAUGCAAAGCCGCGGUGGCAUGGGAAGCGGGGAAGCCACUGUCAAUUGAGGAAGUGGAGGUGGCACCACCGCAGAAACAUGAAGUUCGCUUGAAGAUCCUCUUCACCUCUCUUUGCCACACCGAUGUCUACUUCUGGGAAGCCAAAGGACAACAACCGCUGUUUCCUCGCAUUUUUGGUCAUGAAGCUGGAGGAGUUGUGGAAAGCGUAGGUGAGGGCGUAACCGAACUCCAGCCGGGUGACCAUGUCCUCCCUGUGUUCACUGGGGAGUGCAGGGAGUGCGCGCACUGUAAGUCGGAGGAAAGCAACAUGUGUGAUCUGCUGAGGAUCAAUACUGAUAGGGGUACCAUGAUCAAUGAUGGCCAGUCCAGGUUCUCCAAGGAUGGAAAACCAAUUUAUCACUUUGUAGGUACUUCUACCUUCAGUGAAUACACCGUUUGUCACGUUGGCUCAGUUGCUAAGAUCAACCCGGCUGCUCCCCUUGACAAAGUUUGUGUUCUUAGUUGCGGAAUAUGCACAGGUUUUGGUGCCACUGUGAAUGUUGCAACCGAAAAAGGGUUCUCUAUUGCCAUCUUUGGAUUGGGAGCUGUUGGUCUUGCUGCUGCUGAAGGUGCAAGGGUUUCGGGCUGUUCAAGGAUCAUCGGUGUUGAUUUGAAUCCCAGUCGCUUUGAGGAAGCCAAGAAGUUUGGGGUGAAUGAAUUCGUGAAUCCGAAAGAUCAUAACAAACCUGUGCAAGAGGUGAUUGCUGAGAUGACCAACGGCGGAGUUGAUAGGAGUGUUGAGUGCACCGGAAGCAUCCAGGCUAUGAUCUCUGCGUUUGAAUGUGUUCAUGAUGGUUGGGGUCUCGCUGUACUUGUUGGUGUGCCAAACAAAGAUGAUGCAUUCAAAACCCAUCCAAUGAAUUUCUUGAACGAGAGGACUCUUAAGGGUACCUUCUAUGGUAACUACAAGCCCCGCACCGAUCUACCAGGUGUUGUGGAGAAGUACAUGAACAAGGAGCUGGAAGUGGAGAAAUUCAUCACUCAUUCGGUCCCAUUCGCUGAGAUCAACAAAGCGUUCGACUUGAUGCUUUCUGGACAGUCCAUUAGGUGCAUCAUCUGCAUGGAGAAUUAGAGAAAAAAAACUAGUUUUGUUAUGCAAAACUAGUUUGGUUAUGGAUCAUCAAAGCAAAGCAAUACAGUCCAUUAGGUCCAUUAGGUGGAUCAUCUGCCUGCAGAAUGGAGGGAAUUUAUAUAUCUAUCUGAUGUCUAUUCGAAUAAGUUUUGUUAUGGAUUUGAGGGUUUUUGCAAAUUUGGAGAGGAGAAGCAACUUACAGUAUUGCUGUGCUUUAAAAAAUAAAUUGCUUCUGCUGUGUUGUAAGAAUUAUUAGUUGUGAGAUAGUUUGGUAAACAAUAUUUUUAAAAGCACUUUUAAUGUAAAAACUGUCUCAGUGUUGUAAGUUUGUGGU